GUUGCAUCAGCAGUCAGAUAUAAGCACAAUUUGAAGUGCACCGGGUUCACAUAUACUCACACACACACAGAGCAAAGCACCCACUUCUAGGAGUCCCUUAAAGGACAGGAUUUAUUUGCUGGAGGUCCUAGACAGAGAAGCCGUCCUGCAAACAUGAGCACAGAAAUGUGUAAAUUGCCCAUGGAGGUGGCCGUGUACGAGCUGCACAAUUUCUCCAUUUCAUUUUUCUCCUCCUUGCUGGGGGCUGAUGUGGUAUCUGUCAAGCUGGAUAACAGUGCAUCGGGUGCCAGUGUCGUUGCCAUUGACAACAAGAUUGAGCAAGCCAUGGAUUUGGUAAAGAACCAUCUCAUGUACGCUGUGCGAGAAGAGGUCGAGGUGCUGAAGGAGCAGAUUAAAGAGCUGGUGGAGAAGAAUUCACAGCUUGAGAAAGAGAAUCAUCUACUGAAGAACCUGGCAAGUCCAGAGCAAAUGAAGAAGUUCCAGUCUCGGCUUCCCCAAGAUGAAACACCAGUCAAGACAAGACUGGAUUUCCUUCGAUCAUCUCAGCAAGUCGGCUCUGCAGUCUAAGUGGCUCUGUCUUUGGAAUGGGCAGAGCCAUUGAACUUUUCCUAUCGACGUCUUUAUAUGAGAAAAAAAUGAGAUUUUUUUCCCCCCCUCUUUAAAGUGUCACCUCGGCUUGGAGGGUCGUCGACUAGCCAAAGCUGGCAUGUGCCGGGGCUAGCGUGGGCCUCCUCACAAGUCUUUUCUUCAAGAGAAGAGUGAGAGAAGCUGUGAUAUGGACUCUUUUUUUUUUUCUAAGAGUACCAGCCAGAGAAAGACAGCUGGCUAGGCAUGAAUCUUGCCUUUGGCACCAUGCUUGGAAAGCAAAGCCUUGCAACCAGCGGGACAUGCUAAAGAUGACCAGAGACUGCUUCAGCAAAGUUCUCUGGCCAUGGAAUACAAAGUUGAAGAGGAAGACUCCCCUCUCUUUUGUUUUUUCAGACUGUACCAUGGUGGGAAGCAGAGAGCGUGAACCUCUUGGAGCGAUGAAAAGGAACAGUUACUCUAGUAACCGUUUAUAGUUUGGGCACUUUAGUGCUUCAUAAUGGAGCUUUGUUCUAUAUUGGCUCACAGCUGCCCAAACUAGUGAUGGUGGGCAAUGUCUUUAGACCCCACCCACUACAGGGCUUGUUAGUAUAGGUUUACAUAGUUUGUAUGUAAUUUAGCACUUGCCAAAAUGUUCUCUUUGAGGACUUGGGAAUCUGCUACAAGGACUUAUUUUUUUUUACUUUGUCUUAUGCAGAAUAGAAAUGUUCCUGUCUCUUUGCCAGAGCUCAAUGGUGGGGAAAGCCGCCUAAAAGACUCACACAAGACACUUUAAAAUCCGGGAAAAUUAAUAGACUGUGGGCUUUUUUUUGUAAUAUUCUUAAUAACUUCAGGACUACAGCUCCCAGCAAUGGCCAUAAAAGGGGUUGUUGGAAUGAAUAAUGUCUUCUGCUGUUUAACAUUACUGUCUGAGAUUUUCUGGAUUGUACAUAACUCAGUGGAAAGCUGCAAUAAACACCAUUUUUAUAUAUAAACAAA